GACUUACAGGGUAGGUAAAGUAUAUAAGGGACGAGCUUGGUAGGAGGUAACAAUUAAGAAACCUCCCUAUGCCCGAGUUAUAACAAUUAAAACAUGACAACUUUGUUGAAAUUUGCCAAGAGCUUGGGCAAAUUUGAUCAUCUAAUAAAAAAUGUUACUUUAGGCUCAAGAGCCUUCUCGACUGAAGUUCAGACACAGAAUGAAGAACCUGAUGCUUUGUACAAGACAGUCGAGCUCGAGAUGAGGGGAUUGGACCCCGCAGUGCUCAAAAGUUAUUCGAAGUUUCUGACCGAAUCUGCCACCCAUUUGGGCAUAGAACUUGGAAAACAGUGGACGCCGAGAAAGGCGAACCAUGAAAGGCUGACGCUUCUCAGAUCGAUUCACGUCAACAAGAAAUGCCGUGUGCAGUACGAAGUAAGGACGUAUUUCACUUUCCUCCAGCUCCACAAGAUGACCGGCUCGACCUGCGACACAUACCUCGAAUACGUCCAGAGGAACUUGCCUGAAGGAGUUGCGAUGAAAGUGUCAAAGGUCGCAAUUGAACCCAAACCUGCCCACUUAACACCAAUGGAAAAAUAAUCGCAAUUUUGCUAAUUAAUUGAUAGUCUAAAAUGUAAAUAAAAUGUUUUUACUUAUAGUUCCUAAA